AUGAUGCGUGACGCAGCUCGGAAGGAGGAGGAUGCUAACAAUGAGCGCGUGUAUCGUCCACUACUGUUUCAGACUAGAGGUUAUGCAUCAUCAGAUCUUUUCCGUGACUCGUACGAGAUGCACUCGCGCCUUCCGACGAUAUUAUCCGAUGCACCUUUAUUACGAAAAGAGGCUCGUACCACCGAUUCGGAUCAGACUCAGAAUCAGAAAAAUGGACUGGACCCGCAGAUUCGAUUAGAGACGUUAUCAUCGCGAGCUGCUACAGCCGUGAUCUGGAUCACGUAUUUAUCCUUUCUCUUAGCAAUAGCUCUACCCUAUCUACAGAGUCAAGGAUACCUGGAAACGGCCGUGACAUUACCAGGAGAUAUAUGUCAAAAUCAACUUAAACAAGAGCCUUGUAUUCAAGUGGACAAGACAAAAAAUAUUGCCACAUGGACAGCCAAUGUGGCCAAUGUAUCGAGAUAUGCUGGCUCUAUUGAGAUCAAACUAGCUAUUCGGGAACAGAUGAAUACUUCAAUGUCGACGACAUUCGUGUCGUCCUUGGAUCAACAUUUGGAACAAGCAGGAACAAUUUGGACAAUAAGUCGAGAUGUACACAGCAUCAAGACUAGAAUAAACGAUAAAGCAGUGAGUAUCUUGGAGAUGGAGAAAGAAGGCUAUCAAGAUGUAGGCUAUGUCUUGCUCUAUGAUGUUGAACUAUAUGGAAUUCGACACGAUAUGACACCGAUCGCAAAGGAUCUCGUCGUAGAUGAACGCAAUCAAAGUGUCUGGGUAAAGUGUCGAACAGGAGGACCAUGUGAAAGUGUGAGGCUGCUUGAGAUAACACAAGAUGUCGACCAAUUGGGUGGAUGUGGAUAUGAUGCAUACUAUGCUGUCGUGACCUUCAAAGGACUAUAUCCGAAUGCAUUCGGCAAGGAUGUGGUUUAUCAGUUUGCGUACACAAAGCCAGCAAUUCACGUUGGCGAAGUCGUUUUUCGCGGAUUACUAUUGCUGGCAUCUCUUUUGACACUUCCUUGCUGGUUCAUUUCAGUGUUAAACUUUCAUAGUGGAUCAUGGAGUCAAGUGCUUACUGUGCAAAAGUGGUUGCUGGGCGUUGGCAUUGUGCUCGUGCUGUGGCAGAAUCCAGUGUACGCCGUCUCUGAGCUGUAUACUUCUGUGAGUUUACGCACUCAGUUUGUGUCGAUCACGUGCCAGUCGUUCGCAGAGGCUUUUUUCUACAUUUUUUGGCUGAGUCUUAUGGACCAGCACAGCAUUGGUACUCGACGAUGUUCUUUUCUUCCAAAGCUCAUGUUUGGUUUGGUACUUUUCGCAGUGGACACGGGUAUGACUGUGCUGCGAAUGCCCGAAUUAUUUUUUAGAGUGGAACGAUCGUCAUCUGCGCUCGAUUUUGAUCAUGACGAGCUCUAUGUAGCUCUUGGUUUUAUUCGGACGGGUUUGGUGUUAGUAUGGCUAGUUUGGAUACUGUCAGUUGGGGCACGAUCCGGUCGGCAUCUGAAGGCAUUGCCGUACAUGGCAACUCGCUUCAAGCAAUUAUCGUACCGAUUCCUCGUACUCGAGACGCUUCUUAUUUUCAUCUACGUGUUUGUACUCUCAGCUCUUCAGAUUUUCUAUCUGGCCGAAACUUGGUACUUCAUUGGUCACGAUGCAUUCAUCCAGGACGCAGUACAUACAUUUGCCAAGAUGCACACUGGCCACCCGUCGCUGGGCAAGCUCCUGUUCUUGUCUGUAUAUGUAUGCCUAGUCAUGUUUGUGCACCUGCCCCCGCUUGCAGGCGGCAGUACGGGCUUGUUGGUGUCUACGGCAUUUCACGUCGACGAGAAGCCACGCGUAGACCCUUACGGCUUCCUCACACCGGACUCGAAUUUGUUUUGCGUCGAAACGGCUGAAUGGCUGCUUGAAAUGGCAUAUCAAGCUUACUUUGACCCCCCUGGAUGCCCGUCAUCAUCUGGAUAUGGCGAGCUUUCUCUUGAGCGACAUGGUUUUGAGCUCAUUACUCAAUUGCGAAGCAACCUAACGGAUACACAUGUAGUCGUCGCGUGGAGUCAAGAGGACCAUCAACGUCUCGUUAUAUCAUUCCGAGGCACAACCAGCAAAGAAAACUGGAAGAGCAACCUUCGUGCAGACCAAAAAGUGCUGUGGAUAAAGUCUCGAGGACUGCGCUGGAGAAAGUCUUGGCUUGAAAAAGUAAAGGAUGUUGCAGCAAAAAUCCCAUUACUUAACAUGGCAUUGCCACGGGUCCACCGAGGGUUCUGGAUUGCCUACGACUCGAUUCGAGAUGAACUUAAGGAAUUGACACGGCUCAUUCUUGACGAAAAUCCCGGUGUGUCAGUAUAUGUUACAGGCCACAGCAUGGGUGGUGCUCUUGCAGUUUUGGCUGCCUAUGACCUUGCAGUGAAUUUCAGCAUCAAAGUCAACAUGUACAACUUCGGUGGUCCGCGAGUUGGUAAUCCAAGUUUUCGUCAGCACUACGAUAGCUUUGUGUCUACAAGCUACCGCGUGGUCAUGGAUGGCGAUAUUGUACCAGGAUGGCCAAAAUUUUGGGGACUCUACCAGCAUGUAGGAAUUGAAAUUUCACUUGACGUGGCAGGUAACCUGAUUGUAGACCCGAGUUUUGUGGAACUUCACCUCCACAAGUCAUCAAGGCGCAAGACAACAAUGCAUGGGACGAACGUAUAUCGAGUGUCAAUCGCCAAGUGCCUCGAAAAUCUUACGGCUUCGUAA